UUGUUCUGACCAAUCACCGCGCACGUUGGCCGGGGCAUUGUGAAGCAGGAGUUGAAGCGUUAGCAGCCAGGCUAAAGUGGAGAAAGAAAGCUAACUAAUCGUUCGAGUGCAAGUGGCGCUGGCUCAAAACGCGCAUGGAGAAAUAAGGAAGUUGUUAACACAGCAGCGGGAAACGACUACUCGACUCCGGGAGGAUUCCGCAACAAUGUUUCCAGGGUGCUAACAUACAAGACUGCGCUUGUCAGAUGCCAGAGGAGAGCGUUUUUGGAUACUCCAUCGCUUGUCCCGUUUCCAAGCGGAAACCAUUUCUGGACAGAUAGUUGGAGGAGAGGAGAGGAGGGGGUGGGGGGCGCUAAAGCUAGCUGGCUAGCCAAAGCCAACCAUCCCGGAGACUUUUUGACGCUGUCACCCGGCCAACCCCAACCCGAAUGUUUUGUCUGUCAUGAGUCCGGCCGGGUGCUCCCAUGUGAACGGUUAUAAGGUGGACAACUGGAAGCAAAACCUCCGUGUCAUAUACCAAUGCUUUGUUUGGAGUAGCACUGCUGAAACCAGGAGACGUAAGGUGCUUCAGGGGGAUGCGGGAUGGACAGAGAUGGCCAAGUCGUGUAUCUGUCACAUGUGUGGCGCCCACCUGAAUAGACUUCAUUCUUGUCUGUACUGCGUUUUUUUCGGUUGCUUCACCAAGAAACACAUCCACGAGCACGCCAAAAACAAGAGGCACAAUCUAGCUAUAGACUUAUUAUACGGUGGAAUCUAUUGUUUUGUGUGUCAAGACUACAUAUACGACAAAGAUAUGGAGCAGAUUGCCAAAGAGGAACAGAGGAAAGCCUGGAAAUUGCAAGGCAUCGGCGAGAAAUACACAACGUGGGAGCCCAGCAAGCGGGAGCUGGAGUUAUUACGACACAAUCCAAAGAGGAGGAAAAUCACUACGAACUGUACCAUAGGUUUACGAGGGUUAAUAAAUCUGGGCAACACGUGUUUCAUGAACUGCAUCGUGCAGGCCCUCACCCACACGCCGCUGCUGCGCGACUUCUUCCUCUCAGACAGGCACAAAUGCGAGAUGCAAUCCAACUCCUGUCUGGUGUGCGAGAUGUCGCAGCUCUUUCAGGAGUUCUACUCGGGCCACCGUUCACCUCACAUUCCCUUCCGACUGCUGCACCUGGUCUGGACGCACGCGCGCCACCUUGCCGGCUACGAGCAGCAGGAUGCCCACGAGUUCCUCAUUGCCGCGCUGGAUGUUCUCCAUCGCCACUGCAAAGGGGACAGCCUCAGAGAGAACGACAACGGAAAGAAGGCCAGCAAUCCGAACCACUGUAACUGCAUCAUCGACCAAAUUUUCACCGGGGGGCUCCAGUCGGACGUUACCUGUCAGGUUUGCCACGGGGUUUCCACGACGAUAGACCCCUUCUGGGACAUCAGUUUGGACCUGCCCGGCUCAUCCACGCCGUUCUGGCCCCUCAGUCCCGGAGGUGACGGCAGCGCUGUUAAUGGAGAAAGCCACCUGGCGGGCUCUACGACACUCACAGACUGCCUACGCAGGUUUACGCGGCCAGAGCAUCUAGGAAGCGGUGCCAAAAUCAAGUGUGGCGGUUGCCAUAGUUACCAGGAGUCCACCAAACAGCUGACGAUGAAGAAGUUGCCCAUUGUAGCGUGUUUCCAUCUCAAACGGUUUGAGCACUCUGCCAAACUGCGGCGGAAGAUCACAACGUACGUUUCCUUUCCUCUGGAACUGGACAUGACGCCCUUUAUGGCAUCCAGCAAAGAGAGCAGAAUGAACGGACAGUAUCAACCGACGGUGGAGGUGUUAAACAACGAUAACAAGUAUUCCCUGUUUGCGGUGGUCAACCACCAGGGCACGUUAGAGAGCGGCCACUACACCAGCUUCAUCCGCCAGCAUAAGGACCAGUGGUUCAAAUGUGACGACGCCAUCAUCACCAAGGCCAGCAUUAAGGAUGUACUCGACAGCGAAGGGUAUCUCUUAUUCUACCAUAAACAGUUCUUGGAGUAUGAAUAGUUCUCGUGACCUCCGUCACCACUGACCUUGAAGAACCAAUGGCGGACAGUUGGCAACACACACAUGCACGCACGCACGCACACACACACAUUACAAGCCUACCUGACUGACUUAAAAAAAAAAAAAAAAAAACCUGUUCUUCUGAAUGUGGAGGACAAAAUCAAAAGAAAACAAAAGAGAGCAUAUUUCAACAACAAAACAAAAACAAGCACUGAGCUACUUUUUGGCAUCUACUUGACAAAACUGAAUGAAGAGGAGGAAGCGGCGACAUCUCUGGGCACAUCUUAGUACAGUAUUUUGACCCCCCCCCCCCCCCCCCCCCCAAAAAAAAUUCUCCCACGGUGCUCUUGUCUCAUCUGACCAAGCAUUUAACUCUGAAGGCCUCCAUUAUGCAUCAUGGGAAAGCAAAAAAAACAAAACAAAACAAAAAAGCAUAAAAAAAAUAAUAACAAUGAUGAAAAAAAAGAAAUCAAUGUAUCAAGAUCUUUGCAAGAGCAUUUCUAUGGCUAUGAUAUUGUAUGAAUGGAUCUAUUUUUUAUUUUAUUUUAUUUUUUGGAGGAGCCAAGAGACACUCACCCGCCAGGCCUGUUGCUAAGGCCAGCGUUACCGUGGAAACCCUUUGGACCGUCGGUGUGCUCCCUCAUCUCCGAUUUUUUUAAAUCUGCUUAUUGGCAGGGAACAUUUUAUUUUUUUAUUUCUUAGCACUCAUGGACACAUUUUUCUUUGUUUACUACUUUUGGGUUCAUUUUUCAAAAAUAAUUUUCAAUACACGAGUCAUAUGUCCUUUGCUGUUCCUGUUACUGGAAAUGUUUUUGGACGUAUAUGCUACUUUCAUUCUUGUGGAAUUGUUGGUAAUAUGAUGAUGGUGCUGAUUAAAAGGACGCUCACUUUU